CCCCCCCACACACUUGGGCCUUCAGAGGAGGGCAUGGUCCUCAGUGAGUGAGUGCUGGGAGCGGGUGGAAUGGGGCCAUCGGGUCCAUGGGGCACUGCUGACCCAGCGCCUGCAGUGACAGAGACAGGUCUGUCUGGAAGUGGUUCCUGGCACAGAGGAAAUGGGGGCCAGCACCUCUGUCCCUGCGAAGCUCCUGCAGCCCAUGUGGCCAGGAUGCCCCUGGCAGCACUCAGCAAAAGGACGGGGGUACCUUGGGGCAGGGGCUGCUCUCGGUGAACAUCUAACAUGAGGUGGGGGAUUAGGCGUUAGGGCUGGGGAUGGACAGUGAACAGCUAAUGAGCAUUCCCGAGGCAGAGCAGCAUCAGACAGGCGUGGAGGAACAGGAGGGCUUCCUGGAGGAGGUGGUGUUUGCCGUGGGCCUGGAGGAGGCUUGGAAGUCUCAGGGACAGGUCCAGAGGAUGUCCCACAUGCACAGAAGCCUGGAGCAGAGGCCAGACUGGGAGCGCUGGUUGGCUGAGCACAGGUGAGGCUGGCCAGGCUGCAGGGGCUUUGAGUGGUAAAGGGAGAUGUCCCCCCAGGAGUCUGGGGACCCUGGAAGCCGGGACAGCCCCAGGGGCCAUUUGCUCCACCUAGCGGCAGGCCAGGGUGCAUUCCCGGGCACACGCCCAUCAUGUGGCUGCCCUCAGGAGGAGGGGCUCCAGAACCCACUUUAAAGACUCCAUUCUUCCGGGCCUCAGCGCACCCCCUGACCUGGGGAGGCAGGAGGCAGACGCAUGAAGACCUGAGCGACCGCACCUCCAGCGAACAGGUGGGGAGGUGGGCUGAGGGCAGAGGGUCGGUGCUGCCAAGCUUGGGGUCUUGCUGGGAAGUGACCAGACUAGACUGGUGGAGAGGCUGGGGCCUCUCCUUCUGGGCCAUGCCCGGGCCGACAUUUGUCCAGCCAGGGAGAGGGUGAGUGUGAGGGUGGACUUUGGGGUACACACGAGCCGCCCUACUGGUGGCACCAUGAGUUGAGUGGAACUUCUGCCGAUGGAGGACCCCCUCCUGCUUCCUGGAGGAACUGUGGCCAUGCAGGGGCCCCAGAGGCUGCUGCAUGCCCUCAACUCCACCUCCCUAGCCGCCCCCCACCUCGCGCUGGCCACCAACCGGACGGGGCCCCGGUGCCUGGAGGUGUACAUUCCCGAUGGGCUCUUCCUCAGCCUGGGGCUGGUGAGCCUGGUGGAGAACGUGCUGGUGGUAGCCGCGAUCGCCAGGAACCGCAACCUGCACUCGCCCAUGUACUUCCUCAUCUGCUGCCUGGCCGCGGCCGACCUGCUGGUGAGCGUGAGCAACGUGCUGGAGACGGCCGUCACGCAGCUGCUGGAGGCGGGCGCCCUGGCUGCGCGGGCCGCCGUGGUGCAGCAGCUCGAUACGGUCAUCGACGUGCUCGUGUGCGCCUCCAUGGUGUCCAGCCUCUGCUUCCUGGGCGCCAUCGCCGUGGACCGCUACAUCUCCAUCUUCUACGCGCUGCGGUACCACAGCAUCGUGACGCUGCCGCGGGUGUGGCGGGCCAUCGCGGCCAUCUGGGUGGCCAGCGCCAUCUCCAGCAGCCUCUUCACCAGCUACUAUGCCCACACGGCUGCCCUGCUCUGUCUCGUCAGCUUCUUCAUAGCCAUGCUGGUGCUCAUGGCGGUGCUGUACGUCCACAUGCUCGCCCGGGCGUGCCAGCAUGCCCGCGGCAUUGCCCGGCUGCACAAGACGCGGCGCCCCACCCACCAGGGCUCCGGCCUCAAGGGCGCUGCCACCCUAACCCUCCUGCUGGGCAUCUUCUUCCUGUGCUGGGGCCCCUUCUUCCUGCACCUCUCACUCACCGUCCUCUGUCCCCAGCACCCGACCUGCGCCUGCGUCUUCAAGAACUCCCACCUCUUCCUGCUCCUCAUCAUGUGCAACGCCAUCGCAGACCCCCUGGUCUACGCCUUCCGCAGCCAGGAGCUCCGGAGGACGCUCCGAGAGGUGCUGCUGUGCUGCUGGUGGCGGGGCCCAGGGUGCCCUGUGCCCAGCACCUCCAUGGUGACGGGCUCAGACCCUGCCCAGGCCGCCAUCGGGUGCAACAGCUGGGGCAUCACUGGCCCCUCCUCAUCUGCUCUGAGGGGCCCAUGGGGCAGUCCAGGGCCCUCACUGAGGAGCCCACCUGGUCUCCUGCACAGUCGACCCCCUUCCUGGCACAGGCGGGGGCGGCAGACCCUCCGCAGCCAGCCCGGCAGUCCGCGCGCGUCCCGCAGCCGCCCGCCACACGCACCGAGCAUGAGGGAGAUCGUGCAUAUCCAGGCCGGUCAGUGCGGCAACCAGAUCGGGGCCAAGUUCUGGGAGGUCAUCAGCGACGAGCACGGCAUAGACCCCAGUGGAAACUAUGUGGGAGACUCAGACCUGCAGCUGGAGCGCAUCAGCGUCUACUACAACGAGGCCUCUUCUCACAAGUAUGUGCCUCGGGCCAUCCUGGUGGACCUGGAGCCCGGAACCAUGGACAGCGUCCGGUCUGGGGCUUUUGGGCACCUCUUCAGGCCUGACAACUUCAUCUUUGGCCAGAGCGGGGCUGGGAACAACUGGGCCAAAGGGCACUACACGGAGGGCGCCGAGCUGGUCGACUCAGUGCUGGACGUGGUGCGGAAGGAGUGUGAGAACUGCGACUGCCUGCAGGGCUUCCAGCUGACCCACUCGCUGGGCGGGGGCACGGGGUCCGGGAUGGGCACACUGCUCAUCAGCAAGGUGCGCGAGGAGUACCCUGACAGGAUCAUGAACACCUUCAGCGUGGUGCCCUCGCCCAAGGUGUCGGACACCGUGGUGGAGCCCUACAACGCCACGCUGUCCAUCCACCAGCUGGUGGAGAACACGGACGAGACCUACUGCAUCGACAACGAGGCCCUCUACGACAUCUGCUUCCGCACCCUCAAGCUGGCCACACCUACAUACGGGGACCUCAACCACCUGGUGUCGGCCACCAUGAGCGGGGUCACCACUUCCCUGCGCUUCCCGGGCCAGCUGAAUGCCGACCUGCGCAAGCUGGCUGUGAACAUGGUGCCCUUCCCGCGCCUGCACUUCUUCAUGCCCGGCUUCGCCCCUCUGACCGCCCGGGGCAGCCAGCAGUACCGCGCCCUGACCGUGCCCGAGCUCACCCAGCAGAUGUUCGACGCCAAGAACAUGAUGGCCGCCUGCGACCCCCGCCAUGGCCGCUACCUGACAGUGGCCACAGUCUUCCGGGGCCGCAUGUCCAUGAAGGAGGUGGACGAGCAGAUGCUGGCCAUCCAAAGCAAGAAUAGCAGCUACUUCGUGGAGUGGAUCCCCAACAAUGUGAAGGUGGCCGUGUGCGACAUCCCGCCGCGCGGGCUCAAGAUGUCCUCCACCUUCAUCGGCAACAGCACGGCCAUCCAGGAGCUGUUCAAGCGCAUCUCGGAGCAGUUCACGGCCAUGUUCCGGCGCAAGGCCUUCCUGCACUGGUACACGGGCGAGGGCAUGGACGAGAUGGAGUUCACCGAGGCCGAGAGCAACAUGAACGACCUGGUGUCCGAGUACCAGCAGUACCAGGACGCCACGGCCGAGGAGGAGGGCGAGAUGUACGAAGAUGAUGAGGAGGAAUCAGAGGCCCAGGGCCCCAAGUGAAGCAGCGGUCAGGGGGCGGGUCAGGCCACGGCCAGGGCCAAGAGGUCUGUCCCCCAGACCUACUGACGCCGCCCAGCCUUGCCCACCGGCUCCCGUCACCUCACCCUAGGGCUCCCUCAUGUCUGUCCUUCAGUAUUUGCAGCAUCCCCACCCCACCUGAGUCCAUUCAGCUCUGUCUUCCCGCCACAGGUCAUUUCCAUUUUUGUGUCACUCAUUUGUCUCUGCUUUAUUGUCAGCUCCAGGUCUGAUGUUUUAUGGUUCAUUUUGGGUUUUUUUUACUGGUUUGUGUUCAUAUUUUGGGGAGAUACUUAAUAAAUUUAUUGCUGUCAGAUA